GACUACCUAAUCCGCACCCCGGUGCACCGCACCCUCACCCAGGCCGAAGCACAACGCCUCCGCCGCGACACCCGCGCCGCGCACCUGGCCUACGCGCGGCCGCUGAUCGACGCCGGGGUGUUGGUAUGGGGCGGUCCGUCGCUGGCCCGGCAUCUUGCGGAUGGUGAGGAGGAAGAGGUGACGGGCAGUGUGAUGUGCGUUCGAACGGAGAGCGCGGAGGAGGUGAGGCGGUUGGUUGCGGGGGAUCCGUUUGCCGAGUGUGGG